UGCUUCUUGGCCAAUCUGCCCAAUAUGAAAAGAUUCUGACCAAGACCUCACGCAGGGAAAUGCAGAAGAAACCUCCACCUGAUGCUUAAGGAAUUAAAAGCUGCUUUCGAAAGCAAUGCCUGCGAAACUUCCUCGUCCCUGCUUUGAACAUGCUCAUCCUGAAUCUGGCCUACGUCUCGUACUUCCCCGUGCACCACCAGCCUCAGUUUACGUAACAGACUCGAGCGCCUCGCUCUUAUUUUCCCAUAUAUAACUUGGCGUGAAACGUUAACACAAUAAGCUUAUGUACAUAUCAUUUUAGAGUACCAUAUAUUGAUAUCCAAGAUUCAACGAUCAAUCCCCGUUUUAUGUACCAUGUGCUCCCUAACCCGCAAUGACUUGCGGAGGAUCUUUGAGAAGCUGGACGAGAACAGCGAUGGUCAUGUUAGUCUCGAGAAUAUAAACAGACUACUGGAGAAUACAGGCUUCCACUUUGUAGCAGAGGAGGUUGAGUCUCUUGUGGGGAAGAAGAAACUUGACUUGGACGAGUUCUUGAAGUUUUACGAGUCCAUGUCGAGUAGUGGCAAUAGCAGAGGGGGUGAUGAAGAAGAAGAAGAAGAACUGGUGAAGGCGUUCGAGGUGUUCGACAUGGAUGGAGAUGGAUUCAUCAGUGGCCAGGAGGUGGAGUGUGUGCUCAAGAGGCUUGGAUUGUGGGACCCCAGGAGCUGCAAAGAUUGCGCCUCCAUGAUCUGCCUUUACGACACCAAUCUGGAUGGCGUGCUUGAUUUCCAUGAAUUUAAGAACAUGAUGUUGCUUACCAUCCCUUAAAUAUUAACCUUCCUUCUAUUUUUGCUCCCUCCAAUUCUCCUUCACUUUUGGCCCUAUUUGAUUUCUAUUCUUCUUCAUGCGCGACAGUCUCUUGCCUCUCCCUCACAAGGACAAAGCCAUGUUCUCCUUUUACUUGCCUCAUUGAUGCCUCCACCACCACGGCCACCAAGUUCAGGACGUAUUGGAGCUUGUCGCACUUCAAGGGCAACUGCAGUGACUUCACCAAGCAGAUCAAACCUCGCCAAGGUCGCCACCAAUGGAGGAAAGACUUGGGUCGUUGGUCAUUCUCCUUCUUCUCUCAUCUUCAAUCUCCUUCUCCCUUCAGAUCUGGCGGUGGCACUGGUGGGGGAUGGUGUUGGCAUCGAUAGAGGACUACAUCAGCAUCGGCGGAUGAGAGGGGCAUCGGCGUUAGUGUUGCUUGGUUUGAAAUUGCAUUAAGUGAGUGAGGGUUGAGGGAGAGAGACAAAGGUGAGGGUAAUUUAGUCUAAAAAUAAUCAAAUUCAGAAUUAAUUUUUCAAUAACAUGGGAGUGAUGGUAUUGGAUAAUCCCACCUAGGUGGGAUUGGGAUUGGAAUUAAAUUUCUCACUCCCUCAUACCAAACAUAAAAAGGUAGGAUUAUUCAAUUCCCAAUACCAGUCCUACACUCCCAAUCCUUCCUACCAAACAAGG